GACUCGCAGUAGUCUACAUCAAGCGCUUCAUCCGACACGGUUAGUGCCGUCUCGUCGUCGGAUCGAGGACGACCCCUUCCGCGUUUCCGCUCGUCGUGAUCGCGCCACGUUUUCGGCAAAUUGCAUUGCGAGGCAGUCCCGAGCACACCCUUGUCCUUACCCUGAAUCAGUUUCCUUGACGGAACAGUCUGCAUUUAAAGGAUCAAAAUUCAAACGAUCGACUAAAACAGAAGAUAUAAAUGAGAAGAAGACGCAAAAGUUGCUGAUUACGCAAAGCACAUUGCGACAUAAUGGAGUUUUAAUUCUCGAGUCGCGGAGCCCAUUUCCCCGAGGAAGAUGCAAGAUCCCCCGAUCGCAGCGUAAACGGGGUAUAAGUGAAUGGAGAAGUCGACGACGGGUGACGUCAUCGGGCGAAAAAACGCGAUCGUCUCGGAGCGACGUCGAUCGCGGUUGAUCGAUCCCGAUCAAGAGUUGCUAUCGUCGCCGACUCGCUCCUGACCGCGGGGUCUAGGUCAGGAAUUAAAUUAGUAACUCUCUGGACGAAGGAGAGAACGGGCGAGGAACUAUAUUGAAUUGCGGGAAUAAGGAGGACUUGGAUCGACCUGCUCUCUCAGGUGUGAUGCCUUCCUGAAGCAGCUUCUCGCGAUCGAGAUCAAACGAUCCAGAGAACAUGGCCGAUCUCGAGAGGAUCAGACUGGUGGUGCUCGGCGGCGCCGGAGUCGGCAAAAGCGCCAUUAUACGUCGGUUGCUUGGCCAAGGUUUCACCGAGAGAUACCGGCCCACCGUGGAGGAUCUGUAUUCGCGGGAGUGCGUCCUUGGCACCCUGACCCUCAAAGUUGAUCUCUUGGAUACCGCGGGUGACCUGCAGUUUCCCGCGAUGAGACGGUUGAGCAUAGCCACAGCCCACGCAUUUUUACUCGUGUACGCGACAACGUCGUUACCGAGCUUCGAGUGCGUGAAACGUUGCUUCGAAGAAGUGAGAGAACAACGACCCGAUUUUCAGGAAGUACCGAUAGUCGUCGCCGGAAAUAAGCUCGACCUAGCACCGGCACGAAGGGAAGUACCUAUUGAAGAUGUAAGCGAGUGGGUGUUUUGCGAAUUGCCCAAGUUACGCGCUAAAGUGAUGGAAUGCUCGGCAAAGGACGAUUACAAUAUUAAGGAGUUAUUCAGGUGUUUCGUCACGCUUUCCAGAAUCGUGCCGAAAAAUCCUACCGGCGAGUCCGACGAGUCGGGUCUCAGAAGGAGAUGUUCGGCAUAUGGAUCUCGCAGGUCCGGCAGUCCUGGCGGCAGGACCAACAGCGCGGGUCCCGGUGGAAAUCCUCAGCAAGUAGUCGCAGCUCAGGGCUCCAGCGUCGUCGCUGUCACCGAGGAGGUGAAGAGUAAACCGCGUAGUCGCAGCCUGAUCAGGCGCGCCUCGAGAAAGACGAAACAACAAAUCAGGGACGCCCAUGCCGACGAUUGCAACAUCUCCUAAAGCCUGGUCAUCCUUAACGAGGAUCGAUGAGGAUAUCAGUCUCGUCGCGAACUAGGAAACCGGGACCAGAUCCCAGAUUAUUGCGUUGGGAAGCGCGACGUUUUCGAGUCAUUUGAGUCAAGUAAACGUAAGUGCAUUAAACGUAGAGACUCGGGAUUGCGCUCGCGAUAUUUGCAAGAAAGCAACUUGCGGCGGGUCAAAUCUUUUCACGGCUGUUAAGCGACGCGGAUUAGCAUUUACUUACAUUUGCUUAUUCCGCGUUGAUUCACGGGAUUUUGAAAGCAUGAGAGAUGUAAACGCGGUAAGCCGAUAAAGUGACUAUAAUUCUAGAACAAGUCUAGCUCGAGAAAAUCGGGAAGGUAUAAUAUGUGGAUUUCGUAGAAUAUAUAUCAGAAAAUGUGUGUCGAUGACAGGAAUAAUAAUAAUUAUUAUUAUUAGUAAAUUCUAAGUUUCAGAUUAGCUUUUUUUAACAAAUAUCAAAUUUGCCCAAAUAUUAAAUAUUCAAUGUAUUUUUUCUUUUACUUGAAUAAUAUUAAUUAAGUAAAGUAUUAAAUUUUCGUUGAAGGAAAAGAUGUGAAUGAAAUUAUAUAUAUAAAAAAAGAAUCUGUAAUCGAUAUACACUUUUUUGGAAUGUCCUAUAUAUACAUUAACGAUGUGAACGUGAAAGUGAUGUUUAAUGGCGGAUAUAUAAUUUUUUCAACGAAUGAAUAAACUCUUAUAUUUCUUGAUGUAAAUAUUUUCGAUUAUUCUAAUUAUAAAAGACUCAUAUAUUAAAAUAUCGUAUUUUUUAUGUGGCAAAGAAGCAAUUUUAAAUAACACUAUCUCGCAAUUAUUUUUGCAGUGUUCUCAGAAUAUCACAAAAUAUAUAUGAUACAAAGAAGGCAAUAUAAAAUUAUUGCAUAUAGAAAAGUUUGUUUAAUAUAAGAUAUAUGCUGAAUGUUCAUAUUCACACACACAUAAACAACAUGUAUAAGAUAGAUACAUAUCAUUUUCUUUUUUCAAUCUAAGUACUUCUUAGAAAUUUUAAAAGGUUCUACUAAACAUGGUAAUUAUCGCAUAAGAGUUUAAAAGUGUUGUCUUAACUUCGGAAAAUAACGCUCGUAAAGUGCGAAAUUCAUUUGAGAAAGUUAUAAGAUUAUAAGAGAAAAAAAGGAAAAAAA